AUGGAGCCCACGCUGGAGUGGCUCCCAAACGAGCUGCUGGACCCCAUACUGGCCGACCUCGACGUCCGCGACGUAGCCAGGCUGACGCAGUGCAGCAGGCGCCUCCGCGGGCGUCUUGAGGCAGAGCUCUACAAGGACACGGGUCGUGUCUCCCGGGCCACAGAGUGGGGCAGCAAGUCCGGCAACAUCGACUGCCUGCGGGCGGCAGUGCGCCACGGCGGCGGGUUCGACGUCUUUGCGCUGUCCUUUGCGGCCAGGAAGGGUCAGCACGAGGCGUUUGCGUUCAUGCUCGACCACGGUGCCCGCAUCGAGGUCGUGCCCACGGACGACAGGACGCUCCGGCACCAGGUGUGGAAGCUGAUGAGGUCGCUGAGCCAGCCGGGCAACUUUGGCAUGAUGAGGCGGUUUUACGAGGCUGGGCUGGACAGGCAGGCACGUGAGGCAGGUCUAUGCCCGCAAGCUGUGUGGCCUCUGGGCAGGGUCAUUGGGCACGGGGGGCCGGACGUGCUCGAGCGAGUUCAGCUGCUCUUGGACCGCGGAGGCAUACGGCUGAACAGAAGCUGGCCUAACAGUGGCUCACUCAUCUCUCUGGCCAUCGCGGCUAAUUCGCCGGACGUGGUCGACUUCCUCGUUUCCCACGGCGUCGACAUUCACGGCAGGGAAGGGAACAAGCCAAGGUCCGUCGCCAGGUCAAGAGGUUGGCCUUGUCACGUGCCAGUCUUCGCCGCAGCACACGAGAUGGCGAAGUCGGACCAAGGCGUCCUUAUGAUGCGCCUGGUCCUGCAGCAUGGGGCGGAUGUCAACCACCGCACCAAGGUUCUUCACUGGCCUCGGCAGGGGUACUGGGAGCAGACCGAUUACUACUGCACCACGCCUCUGUUUGUGUUCCUUGACAGUGUCCGGUCUUGGAAAGACGGCUCAGGACAGGAUAUGAUCGAAGGGCUCGAAUUUCUCGCCAAGCACGGCGCAUUGUUCCGGCUUCCUGACAUGGAGGAGCCCGGAGACGUGGUGCCGCCGUACAGUUAUACCAGACCCCCGCUGCCCAUCGACCUGCUUUUGGGACGCUGGGGCUUGCAGACGCUCAACAGGCCGCGGUUCCUGGCGAUCAUCAGAUUUCUCGUGAAGCACGGCUUGGAUGGCGCAGGACUGUCGCCGGAGGAGGUGGCAGGCAUCAUAGCGCGAGAUGCCGGGUCUAAAACUCUCACUUCUGAGUCGCCCGCUAUGUUGAGGGGGCGCGGCUUGCUAUUGGAUGUCCUGCUGGAGAGCCGGACCGCGCUGGAGAGCACCAAAGUGCUCGACUGGCUGCUCAUCAAAACCGGGCAGACAGUAGACAAGCUGCGUACAAGAUAUGGCCAGGCCUUAGAUAGCCUGGCCUCUGCUGGAGCGACCACCGACCAUGACCGUCUUUCCGAUGGCAGCCUCAGAUCUAACGAGGGUGUCAAAUUGUUGGUGAUGAGGGGAAGGCCGGCGGGAUGA